CUCCCUCCAUCCCCAACAACCACAACCAUCCUCGCAAACAAACAACCACACAACACAACCAAAAUGCCUCGUCAACGCCGCGGAGCCGCCCCCACCCCUGCGCGCAGCGCCCCCUCCCGCCCUACCGCCGCGCCCGCUAGACCGGCCGCCCCGUACGGCAGCCAGCAGCAGUCCGCUCCUCACUCGACCUCCGCCGCUCCCCCUCAGCAGCACCACGCCGCUCCUCCUGCUGCUGCUGCUCCGGCCGCUGCUGCUGCCCCCAGCCAGGGCCCCGGUCUGUUCGGCCAGAUGGCUUCGACUGCUGCCGGUGUCGCCGUCGGCUCCUCCAUCGGCCACGCCAUCGGCGGUAUGUUCUUCGGCGGCGGCGGCGGCAGCUCCAGCGCGCCCGCCGAGCCCCAGGCGGCUCCGGCUCCCCCGGUCGAGUCCCAGUCCAUGGACAACGGGCUCUGGGCUGGAAACGCCACCAACAGCUCCUGGGAGGCGCCCGCUUGUCAGACCGACGCCCUGAACUUCCGCAAGUGCAUGGAUGAGAACCAGGGUAGCAUGUCCAUCUGUGGGUGGUAUUUGGAUCAGCUGAAAGCCUGCCAGGCUGCUGCUAAGCAGUACUAAGUUUGCCACUGUACCAAUAACAUUACCAACAAAAUCGAUGGAUGGAUGGAUGGCAUUGAUGUGAAUGAGCUUAUGGAUGGAUGGAUUGGUGCUUGGCGCUUAAUCUGAACAGAACACAACCACGGAAUCAACCACCCAGUCGGUCUGGCUUCCUGCUAAACUGCCCUGGUAUUGAUCCGUGCAGGGGACGACAACGAUGUUGUUUGCAUAGCGGCGUGAUCUCCGACUACUACUACCACUCUUACUACUACUAACUACCACUACCUAUUCUUGUAUACUUAUACCAAUUGUUUUUCUUUUACACAUCGUCGAGAGGUUGGCUACGCUGCCUGGUCCUUGUGUUUUAUCUACUGGAUUGGAUUGGAUAGAUUGAAACAAACAAAAAAAAAAAGAAGAAGAUUCCAC